AUGAAUGACUACACCCAUGCGGACCGGCCAGGUUCGCACUCUUUAGCUCACCGCUCCGGGGCCGCCAGCUCUUCACGCCCGCCAGGCCGCUUCGGCCCACCGAUACAAAAUCCCAGAGAAAGCGAGCCUUGGGACCAAAUAUCAGACGAGCACCGAUCCGAAAUAAACGAUUGUUUUCAGCUCUUCGACAUGAACAAAGAUGAAUACAUCGACUUCUCCGAGUUCCGCUACGCGCUCCAAGCGCUAGGCUUCUCGCACCUCGCUCGACCCGACUUAAUAUCAUCCUUUAAAAAACGCGCCACGCCGCGGCCAGACUGGUCCCCAUUACCUUCCUUACCCAACCAGCCACCCCCCUCACAAACCCCCGGCGUCGUCGACCUGCGGCUACACCAGAACGGGUUUCAAGCCAUAGCCGCAUCCUACAUCGCGGCGCGCGACCCGCGCGAAGAGCUACUCAAGACCUUCUCGCUGUUCGACAAGGGCGGCAAGGGCAUGAUCACAGUGGACGACCUGCGGAUCGUGGUCAAGGAGCUGGGCGAGGAUGUACCCGAAAACGAGCUCCGGAGCAUGGUGGAACAGUUCGAUAUCGAAGAUAAGGGUGGUGUAGCGAGAGAAGAGUUUCUGGGCAUUUUUCUAAGUGGAUGA